GAGGAGCUGACGGCAGUGAGAUCAUGGGAGAGUCCACGCUCGGAGAAAGUAGGUUAGCAGGGUAGACUGAGAGGAAAGCAAACGGAGAGUCAGAGCAGAGGGGGGGUUACCGAACACAUCUCGUUCACCGUGGGACUAUUCUGUCAAAAAAAAAAGUUGAGCCGAACCUUUUUUUCUCCGAGACGAUGCGAUCCAAAGCGACUUUCUUCACUCUUUUAUUCCGCCUGGACUUGAUCGAGCGAUAGAGGAGAGGAGUUUCGAGUUGUUGUAUUUUGUCCUUUUUUUUUUUCCCCAUCUUGUUUGUUGGUCGUGCUUUAUGAGAGCUGUCUGCAGCCGGGACGAAGUUAAUAUCUACAGAUCCUGCUCAGUGCGCUUUUCUUUAUUAUUACCGUCAUAUUAUUAUUAUUAUUCUCCUUCAUCCUGUCACCGACAUUAAACCACAUGUAGCCGAGUUUCUUAUCGUCCAGCCUUCACAAAGAAAACAUCAAAAUGAGAGCUCAGAUCGAGGUCAUCCCCUGCAAGAUCUGUGGGGACAAGUCCUCAGGAAUCCACUAUGGUGUCAUCACCUGCGAAGGCUGCAAGGGUUUUUUCCGUCGCAGCCAGCAGAACAAUGCUAUGUACUCAUGUUCCCGCCAGAGGAACUGUCUGAUCGACCGAACCAACCGGAACCGCUGCCAGCACUGCCGCCUACAGAAGUGUCUGGCCCUGGGCAUGAGCAGAGAUGCCGUCAAGUUUGGCCGCAUGUCCAAGAAGCAGCGCGACAGCCUCUAUGCUGAGGUGCAAAAACACCAAAAGUCCCAGGAGUGUGUGGGCUCCGGAGGAGGCGGCUCUACCACCCUGUCCUUACCCAAGGAGGAUGGCAUCUGUGGCGGUGGCGGGGAAGAUAUGGAGGAAGGUCUGAGCCGGUCCUACAGCACUGGGGGCUCCAGCUCCACCCUCAGCGACCUGGACGACAUUGCGGCGCUGCCUGACCUGUUUGACCUGCCACUGACCCCCGAGGAGGCCAGCGAGUACUGCAGCCUGGAUCUGCUCGGCGGAGGAGCCAGCGCCGGCAACACCUCCAGCUCGUCGUCCUCUUCCUCCACUUCCUCAUCCUUGUCCAAUCAGAAUUCCCCGCAGCAGACUGCACUAGACGGGGUGGACGGCAACGGGAUCCAGCUCCUGCAUACACACUCUCACACACAUCCGCUGCUGGGACACAUACAUGCACUGCUGGACCAACUGCCUGAUGACUGCUCAAUAACAGACCUCGAGCACAUCACUCAGAGUAUUGUCAAGUCUCACUUGGAGACGUGUCAGUACAGCGCUGAAGACAUGAAGAGAUUCACCUGGAUUCAAUACACACCUGAGGAAACACGCACUUUUCAAAACAAGUCAGCUGAGUGGAUGUGGCAGCAGUGUGCACACCACAUCACCAAUGCCAUUCAGUACGUGGUGGAGUUUGCCAAACGCAUUGCUGGCUUCAUGGAUCUGUGCCAGAAUGAUCAGAUUAUUCUGCUGAAAGCAGGCUGCCUGGAAGUCCUGCUGAUACGCAUGUGCCGAGCCUUCAACGUCAACAACAGCACCAUUUUCUUCAACGGGAAGUUUGCCCCGGCUCACUUCUUCAAAGCACUUGGUUGUGACGACCUGGUCAGUGCAGUGUUUGAUCUGGGAAAAGGACUCUGCCGCCUGCAGCUGUCUGACGAAGAGAUGGCUUUGUUCAGCGCUGCCGUCCUUCUAUCUCCUGACCGACCCUGGCUAACAGAAGGCCAAAAGGUUCAGAAACUGCAGGAGAAAGUCUACCUGGCUCUGCAGCACAGUCUACAUAAGAGCGGUGCUUCUGAUGAGAAACUGGACAAGAUGGUGUCCAAGCUGCCCACAAUGAAGUCUAUCUGUAAUCUCCACAUCGACAAGCUUGAGUUUUUCCGUCUGGUCCACCCAGACACCGCCUACAGUUUCCCACCACUGUACCGGGAAGUGUUCGGCAGUGAGAUGUCUCUGCCGGACUCCAGCGACAGCUAGACGGGUAGAUAGACGAAAAACGAGACAGAUGAAGAGAGUGUAUAAAGAGGUAGGGAAGCAAAAGGAGAGACAGAGUAGGAUAGAGAUGUUGAAGCUCAACAACCAGCAGUUAAAGAGACAAUCCAGGACUUUAAAUACUCGUCUCCCAUGAUCCCAAAGUAGUCCUCCACUUUCCCAGCAGGCAAAAGCACCUUACACUACAGACCACACAUGCUCAUGGUCCUCUGCACAUUGUAGCAUUAACAACAAGCGACUGGGCGUCGUUAGAAUAACACAGCAGCCCACGAAGCACAGGACGGCUCUGAGCUCUAACACUUGUUGAACAUCUGAUCCACUCUGGAUCACCCAACCAGUAAUGAAUGUACCUCAUCGAUAAGCACCAGUGCACAAGUCAGAACUAUACAGUGAAUGUACAACACUGCCACCAGGCAGGAGUUAAGUCAUAGUAUUAGAAUGAUCAACAGGUCUAUUAACUAUUACUACAGUUAUCGGUCAACAUUUCUCUCUAUAUUAAUACAUCUCAGUAUGAUACGCAUGGGUACUCAUACAGACAAUAUAUUUGUACUGACCAUCACUUAGGGACCAAGAUCAUCACCCAUGUUCUCCGCUAAAUGAAAAGACUCACACAGACUCACAUCUUAGGCUUAAUCAGCUGAGAAUCGGUCUCACGCACAUGUAGUCAGUGUUCGGUGCUGCCUCUUUGCAGGCUAAUGCAAUGAGAAACCUCAGUCCCACACACCCCUUUCCUUGUAAAUGCCACUUAGAGACAGGACAAGAUGAAAUUAUCUUUAAUUUAUAUACACAUUUAUAAACAAAUAUUUUAAAUAAGAAUGUAAAUAGAUGAAUAUAUAAGUAUAUGGAGAGAGUUAGAAUGUGUGUGAGAGAGAGAGAGAGAGAGAAAGAGAGAGAGAGCGAGGGAGAGAAGAGUGGAUAUUAAGAUGUAGAGAGAGGGUGGAGAAAAAAGACGGAUACUUCGAUGAAGGCGGAUCUUUUUCUGGACUAUUUCCUCUCUUGACAGUACUCUCAGGUUUCCGUGGCAACAAGCCCCUCUUGCCCCCAUGACGACACAAACCGAACUCAGCUGGGUUAGGUGCGGUCAUCGCGCAAGCGAUGGGGUGGACACUUGUUGCAGAUGCAACACAGCAGGGGAGGCAGCGUACCCGAACAAAGGCGAGGUGACAUUGCCUUUGUCCUGCAUUUAAACUGAACGCUUUCAGACUGUGCUGCUGCUGCCUUCCCCCUCCCCACCUAAAGAGACAAGAGGACACUAAAGAGAAGAGAAAUCAAGGCAAAAGUUGACUUCACGAACUGUAAAAUAAAAGGGGAUACACAUACAGGGUCCCCCACCUGUUUCUAACCAGCAGUCAGAAAAGUAGGUGUGGUAUACUUGUCUUUCACUCAUAAUGUUUCAGUUGGCCGGAACGACAACGAUCCAUAACAUGUCUCAUGAACCCUCCUCGCUGGUUGGAGCAACUGUAUUAUUUUGUACAUUUGCUGUUCCUCUCCUUAAGUCUUGAUCCCAACACUUGUCUGAAGCACUUAUACUUUCCUCUUUCUCACUGGACACUAGUCUAAGGCCAGACAGAGCUACCAGCUGCCCCCCUGAGUUGGGCCUCAAUGCCAGUAAGACGUCAUAGUUUUCAAUCCGUUUCAUUUAUCUUUGUUUUGUUUCUCGUUCGCACCUUUCAUGUACACACAUAACCUGCUUUCUGAAGGUUGUUGUAGCAUUGAGAGGAUGAUGAUGAUGAUGAAAUGAUGAUGAUAAUGUCUUACCCGGGGUGCUGUGAAGUUUCUGAGCAGAGUCUGAGGACCUGCCGCCUGCCGCUCAGGGAGCUAGCUGUGAUCUCUUGUCCCUUUAUUUCCAGUGUCGUCUUUUAGCCUUGUGCUCCUCACACCUUUGCACCUAAGAUGAGACCCAUAACAAUAAUCACUGUGGACGUAAGUUCUAUUUUUGUGAAUGUUACUCACAAAGUGUCAAAGCCCUUCCUGUUUGUCCUAAUAUUGUAACAUUUAAAAUUUUACGAGACAUAGGAAUUAAAAAAAAAAAGACAUAAAUAAAUCACUUAGAGUUCAAGAUGAAUUUCAUUAUUGGGGUUUAAUGUUUCUUUUGCUGUGAUUUUCAUUUUAUUUGUCAGUCUUUUAUCCACCUUUCUUUACAUGUCUCCACUUCUGUCUUGUAAAGUCAGUGAUCAAUUUUUUUUUUCUUUUAAUUGAAAGAUUAGGAAAAGUG